AUGAGGAAGAGAUUUGUACCGAGCCACUACCACAGAGAGUUGCAUUUCAAGCUCAGAACACUGUCUCAAGGAAGUAGAUCAGUUGAGGAAUAUUAUAAGGAAAUGGAAACCCUUAUGCUGAGAGCUGACAUACAAGAAGACAGAGAAGCAACAAUGGCCAGAUUCAUGGGUGGUCUAAACAGAGACAUCAUGGAUAGACUUGAAGUUCACCACUACGUUGAGAUGGAAGAGCUUCUGCACAAGGCGAUUAUGUUUGAACAGCAGUUAAAAAGAAGAAGUUACAAGUCUAGCUAUGGAGCCAGCAAACCACACUACCAGAAGGACGAAAAGACCAGAGAAUCCAGACCAUUCUCCAAGCCUAAAGUGGAGGAACAAAGUGUUAAAGGAAAGGAAGUAGCCACUGCAUCCAAAUCCAGAGACAUACAGUGCUACAAGUGUAAAGGAUAUGGACACUAUGCCAGUAGCUGCUCCAACAAAAGGGUAAUACUCAUCAGAGAAAAUGGUGACAUUGAAUCCGAGGAAGAGGUAUCUGAGUCUGAAGAAGAAAGGGUGGAAAUGCCAACUCGUGGAGAGUUACUUGUUACUAGAAGAACACUGAAUCUUCAAGCCAAGACUGAUGGAAAUGAGCAGAGAGAGAAUCUGUUUCACACUCGCUGUAUGGUUCACGGGAAGGUUUGCAGCUUGGUUAUAGAUGGAGGAAGUUGUACCAAUGUUGCAAGUGAAACCAUGGUGGAGAAACUUGGUCUGAAGGUCAUAAAAAGACCAACAGCUUACAAGUUGCAAUGGCUUAAUGAUGAAGGAGAGCUAGAGGUGAAGCACCAAGUUAAGGUACCAUUGUCUAUUGGGAAGUAUGAGGAAGAGAUACUGUGUGAUGUCUUACCAAUGGAUGCUGGACACAUACUGCUUGGAAGACCUUGGCAAUCCGACAGAAGAACACUUCAUGAUGGGUUCACAAACAGAUACUCAUUUGAGUACAAGGGGAAGAAGACUGUUUUGGUUCCUUUAACACCGCAGGAAGUUCAUCUAGAUCAGAUAGCCUUGAAGAAGAACAGAGCGUCAUCAGAAUCUAAGAAAAAGCAGCAGGCUAAUAUAUUGCUUCAACCAAAGGGAAGUUUUUUACCUCACUUGCUGAUUGUUUUUAAAGAAUGUUUACACAUAACAAAGCCAGUGCAGGAUCUUCCUAGCAAGAUACAAUUUCUUUUGCAGGAAUUCAAAGAUGUUUUUCCAGAAGAAGCUCCACAAGGACUGCCACCUAUCAGAGGAAUAGAGCAUCAAAUCGAUUUUAUUCCAGGAGCUUCUCUUCCAAACAAACCAGCCUAUAGAACCAAUCCUCUGGAGACCAAAGAGCUACAGCAACAAGUCACUGAGCUUAUGGAUAAAGGUCAUAUUCGUGAGAGCAUGAGCCCAUGUGCAGUUCCAGUCUUACUUGUGUUGAAAUAA